CCUGCCCCUCGGCCUCAGCGUCUUCGCGGCCUCUCUGGUCCUGCCUUUUCGGCUGUGGUGGGAAGCCCAAAAACAUAUAUAUUUAUAUAUACUCGUGGCUCUGAGCGCCGAAACGCAGACAACACCUUUCCUUUCCGCGGUCUCCAAGGCUGCAGAAGAAGGGAGCCCACCCAACCUCUGUGGUCCAGAUUCGCCCUGGCUCACCCUGGUAAUUAUCUAUUGAUAUGGAGAUGACUACUCUCCUCCCCUUGGAAACACUUAUUGACAUGGAGAUGCACUAAGGCCAGGAAAACAAGUUGUGAGAUCACAACUAGCUUAAUGCUGCUGCUGAACCCAAAUCCAAGGCAGUGUUUGACACUUCGAGCCAAAUAGCAGCUGUCCCAUGGGUCAGGAAGGACCCUUUGCCUGGCACCAAGACUUGUAGGCCCCAGAGGAGGCUGGCAUUCACCAGAGCCACUUUAAAACUUGUCUGAGCAAAGCCAGAACUGACUUUGGGAGCUGAAUCCAACCAUCAGGGAAGAAAUCUGCACAGUGGUGUAAGACUGUAAAAGACAGCUGGGUAAAAAAGAUGCAGCAGGUCAUGGUGUCAGAUGAAAAUCCAGGAUCACCAAGUCAGCUGCUUUGGACCCCUGAUACCAAACUCUUGCAGGAAAGAGAUCAACAAACUCAGUAUCCUACCUUUGCCAAAGAUGGAAGCCAAGGAAACCUGCCAGGAGCAAAUAUCACACUGAUGAGCCAGGCCCAAGAUUUCCAUAUCCUAAGCCUAUUUUGAUCUUCCAUCUGGAGCGAGGUACAGAGCCCUGUGUGCAAGAUCUACAGGACAGGGAGUUCCUGAGCUACUCCUACCCAGCUGACAAGACAUGGCCUGAGAAUGAGAAAGCAAUUUCAGUACAAGAGAUUUUUGAAAACAGAGAAGUCUGCUAGAUGAAACAGAAAACUCUCCUAAAAGUUGUCUCCCAGGCUCUGAAGGUUAGGGAGAUUCAUGUACAGGAUAUCAAAUUAGAGAAUUAGUGGGAAAUGCCUGUGAGGGAGGAAGUGAGAGAAGAGAAAGAAGGCUCUGAGAAAAUGACCUUCAAGAAAGGAAAGAACCAGAAGGUACUUAGAAAAAGCUCCAAUCCAAACUCAAAACGUAUUCCAUACAAUAGAGUUCAUACAGAACAGAGACUCCAGGAAUGUACCAAAUGUGGCAAAAACUUCAGUUGGCAUUCUGACCUAAUUCUCCAUGAGCAAAUUCAUUCUGGUGAGAAACCCUGUGUGUGUAAUGAGUGCGGCAAAGCAUUCAAGACCAAAAGUCAGCUUUCUAUGCACCAGAUAUUACACACAGGGGAGAAACCCUUUAAUUGUGCCCAGUGUACAAAGGCCUUCAGUAGUAGAUCAGCUCUUUGCCAACAUAAAAAAAACCACAGUGGGGAGAAAACUCACAAGUGCAGUGACUGUGGGAAGAUCUUAAAGACCAGGAACCGUCUCAGUCUGCAUCAGGUAAUCCACACUGGGGAGAAGCCCUAUGAAUGUGAGGAGUGUGGGAAGGCCUUCCAGUUUAAGCAUUCCCUUUCCAUCCAUGGCAGAAUCCACACUGGGGAGAAGCCUUAUGAAUGUGAGGAGUGUGGGAAGGCCUUCAGCAGAAGUUCAGACCUCACCAAGCACACCAGAAUCCACACUGGAGAGAGACCUUAUGGGUGCAGUGAGUGUGGGAAGGCCUUCAGCUGGAGCUCAGAUUUAGGCAAACACAAAAGAACCCAUGGUCAGGAGAAACAGUAUGGGUGCCCUCAGUGUGAAAAAGCCUUCCACAGCAAGGCAGAGCUCACCAAACACAGAAGAAUCCACACUGAAGAGAAGUCUUACAAGUGUAAAGAGUGUAGGAAAGCCUUUCAUCACAACUGUAAACGUCGGGCUCAUGAACAUGAACACACUGGGAAGAAGCCCUAUCAAUGUGGGGGUUGUGGGAAAACUUUCCAGGAUCAACACUGCCUUACCAUCCACCAAAGAAUCCACACUGGAGAGAAACCUUAUAAAUGUUCAGAGUGUAGUAGAGCUUUCAGAGGGAAGUCAAACUUGACAAGUCAUCAAAGAAUCCACACUGGAGAGAAACCUUAGAAAUGUGAGGUAUGUGGAAAGGCCUUUCAUCAUAGUUCAGUCCUAAGGCAGCACAGAAUAAUCCACACACUGGUGAGAAGCUAUAUACCUGCAAUGAGUGUGGCACAUCUUUCUGCCAGUGCUCAGCUCUAAUUGGACAUAAGCGAGUUCACACUGGGAAGAAACCAUAUGAAUGUGAGGAGUGUGGAAAAACUUUCAGAGUGAGCUCAAAUCUUAAUGGACAUAAGAAAAGAAAACAUAAGAGUGUGGGGAACCCACAAACUUGAUGAAAGUGGGAAAUCUCUCUGUCCAUUAACUGUUCCUCAGACCUUUCCAGUCAAUAUGUUGACCACCAACAACUGAGAAUAAUAAUUCUGGUGUUUACAUUUUCCCACUUCUCCUUAUACUUCUUAGACUGUCCUUGUGUCCUGAAUUGGUUCUUGAUUUCCUGACCCCUAAUUGUGUGAUCCCCAAAGCCUCUGUCCUUGAACUUCCUAUUCAGUGUUUCUUCAGUAAGCAUGUUCACUUACUGGGCUUUGUCUAUCAAUAAUAAUAAUAUUAAAUACUUAUUAAUGCUUGUUACUUAACAGUAUUCUAAGGGCUUUACAAUUUUAAUUCAGUUACUUCAUAUAACAUCCCUAUGGGAUUAGAAAAUUGAGGUGCAGAAAGAUUAAGAAAACAGCUCAGGAUCAUUCAGUAAAUUCUGUACAAAUGCCCAGAUUUACCUAGGCAUUUUCCAUAUUCCUAUACCACAUCUCUUUGAUAUGAAGUUCUACCUUAGUUCAGCAUGGCUCAUGUUUUAAUAGAUAAACGUUGAUCAUUUUCAGCGAGGUUUUUUUUUUGUUCUGUUUCAACUCAAAGCCUGAAUGGUACUUCUUCAUACAGAAUCAGGAUUGCUCAGAUUGGCGUGCAACAGGAGUCAGGGCAGGAGCAGAUUUAAACGUAAAAGAAAAGUAGAAGCUGCCCAGUUAACAGUUUACAUGUAGAAAGCAUGAAGCCUGCCCCACUUAAUUGUAAAUACACCAAAACAUCUUCAGUGCUGAUUUCUUAAAUAUUUGCUAUAUCUAUAUGAUAAAUGAAAGGCUCUUUCAAAUGGAUUAGGAAUUUCUCAACCAUUGUGGAAAGCAAUAUGGAGGCCCUCAAAAAACUAAAAAUAGAAAUACCAUUUGACCCAGGAAUCCCACUCCUUGGAAUUUACCAAAAGAAUACAAGUACUCAGAUUCAAAAAGACAUACGCACUCCUAUAUUUAUUACAGCACCAUUUACAAUAGCCAAGAUAUGGAAGCAACCUAAGUGUACAUAAGUAGACGAAUGGAUAAAGAAGUAGUGGUACAUAUACACAAUGGAAUACUAUUUGACCAUAAGAAAGAAACAAAUCCUACUAUUUGCAACAACAUGGAUGGAGCUGGAGCAUAUGCUCAGUGAAAUAAGCCAGGCAGAGAAAGACAAGUGCCAAAUGAUUUCCCUCAUUUGUGGAGUAUAACAACAAAACUAAACUAAAGAAAUGAAACAGCAGUAGACUCACAGACUCCAAGAAGGGACUAGCGGUU